AACUGCAAUCUGCCAUACUUGCCCUUUUGCUGCUUUCUGGAGUAAGAAGCUAAUCUAAUUGUUAGCCUCAGCCAUGUUUCCUGGGAUCUUCCUCUGCUCCCUCAACUCAAACUGCACAAGGAAGAAGAAGCAGAAGGGAAGCGCUGGAAUCGAAUCCGACGAGGACGACGGCGGCUUCAGCUCCAUCAAUUACUCGCCUCAAUUGGAUAGAGAUCCGUCCGUCUACCCAACCAGAUUCGCUCUCCGCUGUCACACCACUCGCUGCAGGAAUAGAGAAGACAUCAAGACGACAAACAAGAGAGGAGAAAUGGCUACCAAGGUGUGUGGUUUCUCCGACCUGAUUCAACGGGUCACCGCAUCUUGCUUGCUCCACCCACUCGCCACCACCGGCGGCAAGCACGAUCCGUCGGGGAAUAAUGGUUCCGGCACCGAGGAGGAUUAUGUGUCCGAGUACGAGACGACGGAGGAGGAAGAAGAUGACGAAGAAGAAGAAGGAAACGAAACGGAAGAGGAAACGGAAAAUGGGGAAAUUAGGGAUUGGAAACAGGGGAGCAGGAAGAAGAAGCUCCAGAGCGAGGCGAAGCUGGUUCCAAUGGAGAGGGUAAUGGAGAUGGAGAUGCUAGUCAACGAGGUCUUCGACGCUGUCUCGUUGAUGAAGAAGGCGUACGUUAACUUACAGGACGCCCAUUGCCCGUGGGACCCAGAGCGGAUGAGGUCCUCCGACGUGGCGGUGGUCGGGGAGCUGAGGAAGCUGGGUGUUUUGAGAGAGAGAUUCAGGCGGUCCGUCAGCGUCGGCGGCGGCGGAGGAGGGCGGAGGCGAAGAGGAGGAAACGCCGGCGGUGGAAGUGUAGUGGGAAUGCUGAAGGAGGCGGUGGCGCCGUACGAAGCGGCGGUGGAGGAGCUGAAGAAGGAAGUGAAGGCGAGGGAGGCGGAGGUUGUGAAUCUGAAGGAGAAGUUGAAGAGCGCCGCCGUCACGUGUCACAGCAACGGCGGAGGGAAGAAAGGUCGGUCGCAGUCAAAGCGGAAGGUCAGCUGCAGUCACGCUACCCAAGUUGCUGUGGCGCCGGCACCGGAGCUUUUCGAGGCGACGAUGAGCCAGGUAAAAGAAUCUUCCAAGGGCUUCACCGCGAUCCUCCUGUCGCUGAUGCGAGCCGCCCACUGGGACAUCCCGGCGGCAGUCCGAUCAAUCGAAGCCGCAGCGGCAAACGCCACCACCGAAACCGUCACCACGAUCAACGCCAUCGCCUCCACGGCAGCCACGCACCACGCCAAGUACGCGCUGGAAUCGUACAUUUCCAGGAAAAUCUUCGCAGGAUUCGACCACGAGACUUUCUACAUGGACGGCAGCCUGUCUUCCCUGCUCAACCCGGACCAAUUCCGGCGAGACUGCUUCACUCAGUACAGGGACAUGAAAGCCAUGGAUCCCGUGGAGCUGCUGGGGAUCCUGCCCACCUGCCAUUUCGGCAAGUUCUGCUCCAAGAAGUACCUUGCGAUCGUGCACCCGAAGAUGGAGGAAUCCUUGUUCGGCAAUUUGGAGCAGCGGCAGCAGGUGGCGGCAGGGAACCAUCCGAGGAGCCAGUUCUACGGGGAGUUCUUGGGAUUGGCCAAGGCCAUUUGGUUGCUUCAUUUGCUGGCUUUCUCCCUCGAUCCAGCCCCGAACCAAUUCGAGGCCAGCAGGGGAGCUGAGUUCCAUGCUCAGUACAUGGAAAGUGUGGUGAGAUUUUCCGGUGGAAGGGUUCCGGCUGGUCAGGUUGUUGGGUUUCCAGUUUGCCCGGGGUUUAAGCUUGGGAACGGAUCGAUUGUCAAGGCUAGGGUUUAUCUGGUACCCAGAACAUAACAAGCUUUGGGUCGAGUGUCAUCUGCAAGUUAUGAGGCGCUAAUAGUUUAUGUUUGAUCUUGAAGAUUGUAAUGUGAUAAGCUAUGAUCAAGACUAUGUAAUUGUCAUGUUGUUUCUCGGGUAUCCGUAUCCAAAAAGAACCCGAGUCUGGGUUGUUUUACAAGCAAGAUUGUGGAUGAAACAAUCGGAUUGAAUUUGGUAGAGAUGAGAGCUCAGAAUAUAAAUGAUAUAGGUCA